AUGAGAGAUAUACGUUCUCUGUCCAUCAUGCAUAACGUGAGACCUCUCGAGUUUCCGACAAGGUCUAUGCAGGAGGAAAACCAGGCUCACAGGAACCGUUCAUCUUCUUGGUCCUCUUGGAGACGGACCAAUUUGCUUCGUAAUAACGAACCAAGAUAUUCCCUGCAAUAUGAGUAUAUAUUCACAUGGGUGAUGGCUUGGCAGACGGAUACACGUACUGAUGAGAAUAGCUUCAUGCUGAGGUUGAAGAUAGUAGGAGCUUACUCACUCGCGAAGAAGGACAUAUUUGGUGCUAGCGACCCUUACGUCCGGGUGGAACUUCAGAAGGUUGACAGCGACUUCACGUUCGAGACAUUUCUGACGAAAACUAAGAAAAGGACAUUAAACCCGGUAUGGAACCAGGAGUUUGUGUUCCGUGUGAAGCCCCAGGAGCAGAAGCUGCUGAUCCAGGUGUUCGACGAGAACCGCCUCACGAGGGACGACUUCUUGGGGAUGGUGGAACUGGCGCUGGCCGGCGUGCCUUCGGAGAGCGCCACCAGCCCGCGGCCUGCCAGCGUCAAAUACCCCCUGCGCCCGCGCAGGUCCGUCGCUCGGUCGCGUGUCCGCGGGUCGCUGGAGGUGUACUGUGCGCUGACGGGGCGAGUCGAUGAGCGAGCCUCAGACAAUGAACCCGCGCCGCCGGCUAUCAACACGAGCGACUCAAAUGCAGCAAGUUUGGAUGAAGAUUCAACUGCCACCUCUAGCGUGGAUGAGACUGCUGUGACAGUACCGUCGCCAACCGGAGACGACUGGGAGUUGGUGGACGCACCGAGCAAUGUGUCUGGAGAGCCGCUGCCUGCGGGCUGGGAGGAGCGCCAGGAUGCUAACGGCCGUACUUACUAUGUGAACCACGUGGCCAGGUCCACGCAGUGGGAGAGACCUACGUUGAUGCGUAACAUGUCAACGGAGUCACAGGCUGAGCGUAUGGAAACAGCAGCCACUGAGUUCCAAAGACGUUUCCACAUCUCGGCUGAUGAAGACCGGCCGCCAGCGAGACAGACGCAGAUAGAAAUGAAAAUCUCUAAACAGGAGGAAUCGAAUGAUACACAGCCGGACAAUACGACCGAGCACACGGCCCUCGCUACAUCGAUACUAUCACCUGAGAACAAUCAGGACUCGACAGAGGACGCGACACAGAACACGACACAGAACGCGACACAGGAAGCGACACAGGACGCUUCGCAAUCAGAAGACGGCGCUCAAGCGUCCACAUCAGAAACAACUCAAGAACCUGUACAGGAUAAUAUAAAUAAAAACUGUGAUACUAAUUUAAGUGACAACAAAGAAAAAGACGACGGCUGUCAAAAUGACGCUACGGAAACAGGCGGUGAAGUGGACAAUGCUCAAGCAGAUAAUAAUAAUGCUAGUCAAGAAAUAAUAGAUAUACAAGCGACUGGAGACACAGAAGUAGAUGGAGAAGGGGCGAUAAACGACACAGAAUCAAACGGCGUUGAUGAUGACGCGAGGACAGAGAUAGAGGAGAUAACAUUCGGGAGGGAGAGAACACUUACAGACGAGACGGGCGGCUCAACGGAAUCAUUGACGUUUGACGAGAACCAUUUCAGCACGCCGACGGGAGGCGUCACGCCGGAGAGAAGGAUGUCACCUUCACGACGGCGGACGACCAACUCGCUGACCGAGUCGGAGGACGAGACCGAUGGAUCCUCGGAGAGUACUCGGAGCACCAGCUCGAGCAGCAGCCAGAGUCAGAACCUACCGAACAGUGACGGUCUGCCGUCCGGUUGGAGUAUGCAGCGAGCUCCGAAUGGAAGAAUAUUCUUCAUAGAUCACAAUCAGAAAACUACUACAUGGAUCGAUCCCAGAACAGGCUGUGCGUCCAGCCUACCCUCGGCAGCGGCGAGUGCGGAGGUUGACACGGAUGAGUUGGGCGCGCUGCCCGAGGGCUGGGAGGAAAGAGUACACACUGAUGGAAGGAUCUUCUUCAUAGACCACAACACUCGCACGACCCAAUGGGAGGACCCUCGCCUCUCCAACCCUCAGAUCGCGGGUCCGGCCGUGCCUUACUCGCGGGACUACAAGCGGAAAUACGAGUAUCUCAAGAGUCAGCUGCGAAAACCGAGCAACGUGCCCAACAAGUUCGAGAUCAAGGUGAGACGGAACUCGAUCCUGGAGGACUCGUACCGGAUCAUCAGCUCCGUGAGCCGCAUCGACCUGCUCAAGACAAAGCUGUGGGUGGAGUUUGAGUCCGAAGUCGGCUUAGACUACGGCGGUCUCGCUCGCGAGUGGUUCUUCCUUCUAUCCAAGGAGAUGUUCAACCCCUACUACGGUCUGUUCGAGUACUCAGCAAUGGACAACUACACGCUGCAGAUAAACCCCAACAGCGGGGUCUGUAAUGAAGAGCAUCUCAGCUACUUCAAGUUCAUAGGGAGAGUGGCCGGCAUGGCGGUCUACCACGGGAAACUACUCGACGCGUUCUUCAUCCGUCCGUUCUACAAGAUGAUGGUGGGCAAGACUAUCGAGUUACAGGACAUGGAGUCCGUAGAUCUGGAGUACUACAACUCGCUCGUGUGGAUCAAGGAGAACGAUCCGUCCGAGUUGUACCUGACGUUCGCGGUGGACGAGGAACAGUUCGGGAACACCAUCCAGAGGGAGCUGAAGCCGGGCGGCGCUAAUAUAGCGGUUGAUGAGACCAACAAGGACGAGUACAUCAAGCUGGUGAUCCAGUGGCGGUUCGUGAGCCGCGUGCAGGAGCAGAUGUACGCGUUCCUGGAGGGGCUGGGCGCGCUGGUGCCGCUGCCGCUGCUGAAGAUCUUCGACGAGCACGAGCUGGAGCUGCUGCUGUGCGGCAUACAGCACAUCGACGUGCGCGACUGGCGCGCCAACACGCUCUACAAGGGCGACUACCACGCCAACCACCUCGUGGUGCAGUGGUUCUGGAGGGUGGUGUUGUCAUUCUCCAACGAGAUGCGUUCCCGCCUGCUACAGUUCGUGACGGGCACCUCGCGUGUGCCCAUGAACGGCUUCAAGGAGCUGUACGGCUCCAACGGACCGCAGCUGUUUACUAUCGAGAAGUGGGGCGGACCUGACAACUACCCAAGGGCGCACACAUGCUUCAACCGCAUCGACCUCCCUCCGUACGAGAGCUACAUGCAGUUGCGUGAGAAGCUAGUGAAGGCUAUCGAGGGCUCGCAGGGCUUCGCCGGGGUCGACUGA